AUGUUAUUAUCGAGUCAUCAACAAACCAUUCAUAAUGAUGAUGACAAUGUGGUCGAAUCCAUUUUCAAAGAAGGUCAUUGUGAAAAUAUUCUCUCUAUUGGUCAUGACAUUCAUCUCAUUGAUUCCAUUGAAAAAUAUAACGAAUUAUUGAGAGAUGUCAUUCAGGAUUUAUUAGAUUCAUCUCAACAUGAAAAUGAUUUAACGAAAAAUUAUGCACAAACUCGUCUCUUCAAUACCAAUACCCCUUGUAUUGGGUUAGAUUGUGAAGGAUCUCCUGAUUUGGAAAAACAAAGUGGUACCCUGUGCAUUAUUCAACUGUCACUUGUCAAUAGAAAAGCAACCUUGUUGAACAAGAAAGAAAAAAUUGAUAUUUAUAUUAUUGAUGUUUUUAAGAUCGGUGGUAAAACUCUUGCCAAUGAAACCAACUUGCGUGAACUAUUAGAAUCGACUCGAGUUUUGAAAAUUAUACAUGAUGGAAGAAGAGACGAGGAUGUACUCUAUUAUCAAAUGAAUGGAACACGUCUGAAUUUCACAUGGGAUACUCAAGUCGCAGAUAUUUGUAUCAAACAAAGCCAUAUCCUCCACAAUAUUCCAAAAACUUCAAGUAGAAACCUCAGUAUUAUUGAAUCGCAUUACAUGAGUCAUUUUGUGAAAUGGUAUUGUUACUUUGAUGCCAUGACCAAUAGUUUUCAUGCUUCCUCCUAUGACUCAAUUCUAGAGUUUAUUUUUGUUGAAUUAGAAGAGUUUAUCAAAAAGAUUUCUUCCAAACAUGCUGAUAUUUCUUCGGAUUUACUCAAAUUGUGUGCCAAGUCAUGGUCUAAUGCCAUUGUUCAUACUGCUCAUUCUCUUAAAUCAAAAGACAGAAAAGAUGCUCAUAUGGCCUCAAAAGUGUGUCGAGAUGUGUCAAAGAAAUUGCAUGACAUUACAUUCUUUGCAUCUGGAAAGGACAAGCAAUAUUUUAUCAACAAGUUCAAGAAAAGUCUUUUGAAAUUAACUUUGGAACGAUUUAAUGCUACUCUCUCAAAAGCUCAUUUUGAAAAAUAUCUACAAAACAAUUACUUUGAUCCUGAAACCUCAAGCAAGGAAAGUAACAACAAUGCAUCCAUACUUCCAAUGAGCUCGGAACUGGUCAGAAAUUUAGUGUCUCUAAACAUGUUUGAAAGAACUGGAUAUUUGAAUAUUAUAUUUAUUUCUAAUUUGUAUUAUUUUGGGAUUAUCAACACUGCAACGUUGUUUGACAAGAUUAUUUUUGCCAUGAUCUCUCAUCAUCAACAACGAGAAACCCAAACGAGUGUUGAUCUCUUUUAUUCACUUAUUCGACUAAAUUAUGUUGAGCUGUUUUUAGAAAUGCUUUCAGGAAAUAUGGAUCAAUAUUUGAAAAACAAGGAACUGACAUGUCACGAAAUUAACACAAAUUGGGAGGAUCUUUGCAAAAACAUCCAACAGCUUGUAAAGAACAUUUCACGAGAAGUAACCUCUCCAAAGAGUCCUCGUUUUCAAGGAUCAGAUGUUGUGAAAAUCUUUGAACCACUACCAACUGGUAACAAGUCCAAUAAUUAUUUACCGUUGGAUAUUGUUUUUAACCAACGAUGGUGUAUCAUGUCUGGCUAUCCAAACACCUCUCCGCAAACAUCUCCUUCAGCCACAAACAAUACUCAAAGUUCAGAUGAAAGUGAUGUGAAUACAAUACCAUCAACUAGUGCUUCAAGUAGUUAUCCUUCUGCUUCAACGGAUCAAUUUGUAAUGACAUCUCAUUAUCCAGUUUCCUCGUUUUUCAAAAUUAAGGGUCUUGUGAGAUUGUUGCACGAUUUUUCAAUGAUUGACUAUUCGUCAAAAUAUGAAAUUCAGAAAAAUGUGAUCGAACAAGAAUUGUAUUGGAAGAUUCGGCCAUUGAGUCAAGAUCAAAUUGAAUGUGCCUCAAUGGAUGUGAAACAUUUGUUAUUCCUCUACGAAACGCAACGAUUAUUUGUGUAUAACAAGAAAUUCAAGCCCUCCAAAGAUUCUUCUUCACUGUCCACAACCAUUGUACGAAGAAGCCAUCUCUAUGAUCGCUGUUUGAGAGAUUUUGAAUUUCCACACAUUCCAGAAUAUAUCAAACAACACAUGUCAAAAUAUGGGAAAAUGGAUGAUGGAUAUUACUAUGUGGAUGUACCACUCGAUCCGUUCUUCAAGAGCAAGUCAGAAAAUAAUGCUCAUAAAGAACAACACAUGAGAUUGUUUUUCUUUCCUUUAAAGUUGGAUCGAGAAUGUAAUUUUGAAUAUGAAGACAGAGAUCAACUUUGUAAACUUGUGUCAUUAAGCUCGGAAGAAUCAGAGCAAUAUGUCUCCAAACACUAUUUGGGAAAGAUUAUUGGAGCUAAGGGAAAGAACAUUGCAGAAUUAAUUAUGCAAUAUCCAACAGUUUCAAUGGGAGCUGGUGAUGGCGGUUUUAUUCUAAUUGGUCAGUACAAGGAAGUUAUGGAAGUGAGUGAAUUGUUGUUAAGAGAGAAGCACAUUGAGCUACCUUCGUCACAGGCAGGAAAGCUUGUUAAUAACGCUGGAUUGAGUCGCAUUAAAUCCAAUUCUGGAUGUGAGAUUGUGAAACUUAUUUAUGGAGAGAAGGGAGAGCCGACACAGAGAAUUUUAUUGAUUGGAACAAGAAAUGCAAUCGCAAAGGCACAAAACCUUAUUCAAAAAACGAUUGAAAGUAUGAAAAAGUAA